GCAGCUCACGUAAUCUUAGAAAACAUUCGAGGCGAUCGUAGAAUUAUCAAAAUUAUAUAGGACGAUCCAUGAAAUAUUCGGCGAACUUAAAAAUAUAAAAACAAGAUCCGGUCAAAACCCUAGAAAUUAGAAACGACACUAAUAUACAGGGAAGGCCCGGCAGAAAACAAGAGAUUUUUCUGCAAAUCUCAAGCUCCUAUCGGCAUCUUUGCCUCUAAUUCGCCUCUAAACCAUUCUAUUCAAGAAACUGGUUGGUUGAAUAAAAUGGCGGGUCAGAAGAAUAGUUAUGGAAAACGGUCUCAUUCCCAUUCUGAUUAUGAUAAUGGGGCAAAUAAAAGAAGAAAUUCAGGUGAUGAUAGAGACAAUUUCGUCAUUGAUUCACAAGAUACUGUUUAUCGUUACUUGUGUCCUGUUAAGAAGAUUGGAAGUAUCAUUGGGAGGGGAGGGGAAAUUGUUAAGCAAUUAAGGAUUGACACAAAGUCAAAGAUUAGGAUUGGUGAGACAGUUCCUGGUUGUGAAGAUCGUGUUGUUACCAUCUAUAGUGCUAGUGAUGAGACUAAUGCCUAUGAAGAUAGUGGUAAUUAUAUUUCUCCUGCUCAGGAUGCACUUUUCAGAGUGCAUGAUAGAAUAAUUGCAGAAGAUAUGCAUGGUGAUGAGGACUCUGAAGGAGGUCAUCAAGUCACUGCCAGGCUUCUUGUGCCAUCUGAUCAGAUUGGAUGCAUUAUUGGGAAAGGUGGCCAGAUAGUUCAGAACAUUCGUGGUGAAACUGGUGCACAAAUUCGCAUUCUCAAGGAUGAACAUCUGCCUCCUUGUGCAUUGAGCUCUGAUGAGCUUGUGCAGAUUUCUGGCGAAGCUGCAGUUGUCAAAAAGGCUUUGUAUCAAAUUGCCUCUCGCCUUCAUGAGAAUCCAUCACGUUCUCAGCACUUGCUUUUUUCUGCUGUCCCCAGCGUGUAUUCUGCUGCUGGUUCAUUAAUAGGUCCUACUACUGGUGCACCAAUUGUUGGAAUAGCACCACUGGUGAGUCCUUAUGGAGGAUACAAAGGUGAUGCUAGUGAUUGGUCACGCUCCUUGUAUUCAGCUCCAAGAGAUGAACUUUCUUCAAAAGAAUUUUCUCUCCGUAUAGUUUGCCCAAUAGCAAAUAUUGGUGCUGUAAUUGGAAAGGGUGGUGCAAUCAUCAAUCAGAUCAGACAGGAUUCUGGAGCAAUUAUUAAAGUUGAUAGUUCAACAGCUGAAGGAGAUGACUGCCUGAUAACUGUUUCUGCUAAGGAGUUUUUUGAUGACCAAUAUUCUCCAACUAUAGAAGCAGCCUUGCGUUUGCAACCAAGAUGUAGUGAGAAAACUGAAAGGGAUUCCGGCCUUAUCUCAUUCACUACUCGUCUACUUGUGCCUACCUCACGAAUUGGUUGCCUUCUUGGUAAAGGUGGAGCAAUUAUAAAUGAGAUGAGGAAACUUACCAAAGCCAAUAUCCGCAUACUUGGAAAGGACAGCCUUCCCAAAGUUGCAACUGAAGAUGAUGAAAUGGUGCAGAUCUCUGGAGAUCUUGAUGUUGCUAAAGAUGCUCUCAUUCAAGUAAGUCGACGGUUAAGAGCAAAUGUUUUUGAUAGGGAGGCUGCUGUAUCUGCUUUUGUGCCAGUUCUGCCAUAUCUUCCUGUCUCAGCAGAUGGUUCCGAAAGCAUAAAUUACGAUAGUAGAGAUAGUAAGAGACACGGUCGUGGGCAUUCAUAUUCUGGUGGUGCUGGCUAUGGCUCUAGUGACUAUGUUGCCGGUGACAGUUAUGGUACUUAUGGUAGUUCCCAGAUUGGUGGUAAUGGAGGUGCUUACGGAGCUUAUGGAAGUUAUUCUUCGGGUCGUACAAGUACUUCUGGGUUAUCUGGCCAGACCCCUGGUUCUCGACGCAAAAACUAUUACUAGAAUUUGGUGAUGGAUAUGUGCAGCUGAGAUCCAUGAAGCCUGAAAGCAGCUUACUGCCUCUUUUGAUGAAGCCUACAGCCUAAACCGGAAGACCAGAUGAUACCAGGGUUUGACAUACUUAUGGCCCACCUUGACGAUCUCACCUAGAAGGACCAAAUCUAUUUGGAGAUCCUGAUAUCUUUAUUGAAAAUUGUCAUGUCCCUGACAACAAAUUACCAAGCUCUACAUAUUGUGCUCCUAAGAACCUCUUUAGCUUGCUGCCUUUGUUGUUCUGUUUUUUAGUGGAACAUUUCUUCAGUAGUACAAAACCAUGUUACUUCCCUCCUUUGGCAUUUGUAUUAAGUGUCUACUUUUGCUACAAUUCUCUGCUGUGUUUUUAUUUAUUGUUUCAAUUUAUAGCAUAUUUUAUCACUUGAA